CGAUUUUAGUUAAAAAAUGUGCAAGCAAAACCACGAACCCUAAACCCUUUCUUUCAUUCCGCUUUCCUCCACCACUCGCCACCGUAAAAAUGAGCAAAUCAACCGUAUGGUUCCGCCUUCUCCGCCAUCCCCUUCGACGCCUCUUUGAACCACCAAAAUGCCUCUUGCCUCCAUUUCCACUUCCCAAUCUAUCCACCACCCCUCCUUUCACUUCCCAGUUCACCAGAAAAUACAGCACCAAUUUUACCAACUUGUCGUUGAAUGCACGUGUCGCCGCCGCGGACCGGGCACUGCAGGACCUCUCGGUCCAGAUGGAGCGCGAAAGGAAACGCGAGAAAGAGGAGAGACAGAAGGCGGGACUGGAUACUGCCGAUAUUGAUGCCGAUUACGAUGAGGAUUACAUGGGCGUGGAUUCGAUUAUUGAGAAGUUGGAUAAACAAAAGUUGAAAGGGGAGAGCUCGGAGCUGAACCGGUACGAGGAGGCGACUGACUCGGAUUCGGACGAUGAUGAGAGGUUUUCGGCUGAUAAGAUGAAUAAGCAAGCUGAUCAAUUUGAAAAGAAGUUCAAGAGACAUGAGGAGCUCCUUGAAAAGUUCACGAAAUCUGAGACUCUUGAUGAUGCAUUCAAGUGGAUGAAUAAAAUUGACAAGUUUGAAGACAAGCAUUUUCACCUGAGGAUGGAAUACCGUGUUAUUGGUGAGUUGAUGAAGAGGCUAAAAGUUGCUGAAGGGAAGGAAAAAUUUCUUCUUCAGGUGAAGUUGAAUAGGGCCAUGAGGAUGGUAGAAUGGAAGGAAGCAUAUGAUCCAAAUGAUCCCACCAAUUACGGCGUCAUUCAGAAUGAUCAGUUAGGAUCUUCUGUUGAUCUUCUGCAGCAUGCUGGGUUCGAAAGGGAGCAGCGGUUAAUACAAGGUGGAGAGGGUGAUGAUGACUUAGAGUUUGAUGACAUGAAAGAGAAGGAUACUAUAAUAAUGGAAAAGCUUAAUGAAUUAGACAAGAUACUUGAGCAGAAGCUGUCCGCAUUGGAUCACACCUUUGGAAAGAAAGGGAAGCUUCUGGAGGAAGAAAUUAGAGAUCUUGCUGAGGAAAGGAACUCAUUGACUGAGAAGAAGAGAACACCUCUGUACAGGAAAGGUUUUGAUGUGAAACUCAUUGAUGUCAAUAGAACCUGUAAAGUUACAAAGGGAGGUCAAGUUGUCAAGUACACUGCAAUGCUAGCUUGUGGUAACUAUCAUGGUGUUGUUGGUUUUGCAAAAGCAAAAGGUCCAUCAAUUCCGAUUGCUCUUCAGAAGGCCUAUGAGAAAUGUUUUCAGAAUCUCCAUUAUGUUGAACGGCAUGAGGAGCAUACAAUUGCACAUGCAGUUCAGACUUCGUAUAAAAAGACCAAGGUGUAUCUUUGGCCUGCAUCCACUCAAACAGGGAUGAAAGCAGGCAGAACUGUCCAAACAAUUCUCAAUUUGGCUGGUUUCAAAAAUGUGAAAUCAAAGGUCAUCGGUUCAAGGAAUCCUCAUAACACAGUCAAGGCUAUUUUUAAGGCUCUAAACGCGGUUGAAACUCCCAAAGAUGUUCAAGAAAAGUUUGGACGAACUGUUGUCGAAUCAUAUUUACUAUGAAGGUUUAUUAAGGGCCACUGUCUUCUUCUGGAGGUGUUAUUCCCUCUAGAGGCCAACGGGAUAUGCUGUAGAGUUUCUCUUUGCCCGGAAAUAGCUGUAAAUGUGACAGCCAUGGAAGCAAAGAUGCUAUGAAAAUCUCAUAUAUCAUUGUAAAACCAGGAAGUCAAGUAGGAUACAACAAAGAGGCUUUAAAUGCCCAAAUACUGGAGUUAAUACUUCAGUUUGGAGUUUGUUUCAGUUGUAUUGUUACUGAUAGAUAUGCCUUUUUGUGCGAAUUUUUCUAUCUUUGAGAAUUCAUUUUAUAUUAUUUCAGUGGAUAUAAAAUAAAAUUAAUGAUAAUGAAAAAUGUGGGCGUUGGACUUUCA